UUCAUGCCAAAGCUCAAGAACCAUAUACUAUACUGCCUUCGCAAGUUAGAUAUCACAUAUUGUGACCACUUGUUCACCGACAAGGAGCAAAACUCAGUGAUCAUCGCAAACAACAGGUUAUAUGCUGUCCAAACAAUGCAGGUCUAUUACACGACUUACGACCUUCAACGAGAAUUUGACACUAUAAAUCCUCAGACGCACUGCAACGUUAUGGUGUUAUCUGGGGAAAUGAAGCCCCAACAUCCAUACUGGUAUGCCCGUGUUCUGGGCAUCUAUUGCCUGGAUGUAUGGCUGAAUGUCAAAGGUUUGGUAAAAAAACAACAAAUGGAGGUUCUUUAUGUUAGAUGGCUCGCACCCGUGACUGGCCACCGGUCAGGGAUGAACUACGCUCGACUGCUGAAGGUUGCCUUUGUUGAAGAAUCUGACCAUGAUGCUUUUGGGUUUUUAGAUCCUGGCCAAGUCAUCCAAGGUGCCCAUUUGAUUCCAGCUUUCAUUUCUGGGUGCGGAACCACCUCCCUUCACCAUGGAGAGUCAUUCGCACGUCAAGAUGGCAAGUUAGAUGAUUGGGAGGCAUACUAUGUUGGCAUGUGA